AUGAGUGCGAAGGUUGAAACUGUCCUCCAGUCCUUGACACUAGAGGAGAAGAUAUCACUCCUUGCUGGGAAGGACUUUUGGGAGACAGUACCUAUACCGGAUAAGGGUGUCCCCGCCAUUAAGACGUCUGAUGGACCCAACGGUGCCCGAGGUGAAGUAUUCACAGGAGGCACACGAGCUGCAUGUUUUCCUGCAGCAGUAUGUUCAGCCGCGACAUGGGAUCCUGCAAACGCAAAGCGCAUAGGUCAUGCUUUGGCAGAGGAGACCAAGACCAAGAGUGCUCGAGUGCUUCUUGCACCUACUAUGUGCAACCAUAGACAUCCUCUUGGUGGCCGUAACUUUGAAUCUUUCUCAGAAGACCCGUAUCUUGCUGGCAAGAUGGCCGCUAACGUUGUAAACGGGCUGCAAGAGAAAGGCAUCGCGGCCACUAUCAAGCACUUCGCAGCUAACGAGCAGGAAACGGACCGCCUAAAGGUCAAUGAGAUCAUCUCUGAGCGUGCGCUGAGAGAGAUUUAUAUGAAGCCUUUUGAGAUCACUAUCAAGGAGGCCAAUCCCCUCGCCGUUAUGACAGCGUACAACAAGGUCAACGGAACACACGCAGAUUCGAAUGAAUUCCUUCUCAAGCAGGUCUUGCGCGGCGAAUGGGGCUGGGACGGGCUCGUUAUGAGUGACUGGGGUGGUGUCAACUCCACGGCUGACUCAUUGAACGCUGGACUGGAUCUAGAAAUGCCUGGACCGACUAGGUGGCGCAGUGCUGAUACUGUCCUCGAGGCUGUGAAGAAGGGACAGGUCACCGAAGCCAUCAUCACUGAAAGAGCGAGGAAUGUGCUGAGGCUUAUCGAACAAGUCGGUGGUUUCGAGAACCCGGAAAUUCCGCCUGAGCAAUCUAUUGUCGAUCCAAAGCACAGUAAACUUAUUCGAGAUGUGGCAGGACAGGGCAUCACCCUCUUGAAAAACGACGGUGUCCUGCCACUCAAGAGAGAAGAGAUCAAGGGCAAGACAAUUGGUCUGUUUGGUCUAGCAAAGGAGGCUCUUAUCCAUGGUGGUGGAAGUGCUUCUUUGAAUGCCCACUAUCGCAUCACUCCUGAGGAGGGUCUUAAGACUGCCUACGGCGACGAUGUGGAAUUCAAGUUCGCAAAAGGUGCAGCUACAUAUCGUCUCAUCCCUCCUCUAUCGAAGGGCUGCAAAGACUCCGAGGGGAAAGAUGGCUGGACCAUGGAACUGUUCAACAAGGGCAACACCAGUAAGCCCAUCAAGACAAAGCACGGCAAUAAGGAAGCUGCUUUUACACCUCUGCUCGAGCAAAGCGCCAAAGACAGCGAGGUUAGAUUCACCACUACCUUUACGCCCCGUGAGUCUGGCUCGCAUUAUUUGGGUUGCUCAGGUAUCGGUCCCACAGUCGUACACGUUAACGACAAAGUCGUAUAUGAACAGAAGCACAACUCUCCGGACCCGAUGGGCUUCCUCUUCGGCGGAAACCCUGAGAAAGAGUUUCGCGUGCCGUUCACCAAGGGCGAGUCAUACAAGAUCCAGGUUCAUUCGAAGCCACCCGCUGGCGAGUCAGAUGAAGGCAUCCUCUCGGGUCUUCCAGGUUUCAGACUGGGAUUCAUGUAUGAGGAAGAGCACGACCUAGACAUGGCCGCAGAAGCGAAGGACCUCGCAAAAGAAUGUGACAUCGCCAUCGUCUUCACAGGACACACACCUGUAUGGGAAACCGAAGGCCAAGAUCAAGUUAGCUUCAACCUACCACGCGAAGGCUCACAAGACAAGCUCGUAGAAACAGUCGCGUCAGUCAACUCGAAGACCAUUGUCGUAAAUUCAACGGGUGUGGCCGUUGCCCUACCCUGGUUAAACAAGGUUUCUGCUUUGAUACAAGCAUGGUUCCCUGGCCAAGAAGCCGGUAAUGCCAUCGCAGAUAUCAUCUCUGGCACCGUGAAUCCCUCUGGUCACCUUCCAAUCUCUUGGCCCAAACGCAUUGAAGACGCGCCGGCACACGGCAACUUCCCUGGCACUCGGGACGACAAGGGACAGCUCACUGUCAAGUACGAAGAGGGUGUUUUUGUAGGCUACAGGCACUACGACCGCAUCGCCGCAGACAAAAUCCACUUUCCUUUUGGAUUCGGCCUGUCUUACACGACCUUUGUUCUCACUGAUGCACGUGUGCCUCAAUCGACGCCCGAACAAUUUGCGCCUAACGUCGAGGUCACGAACAUAGGGGAUGUCGCUGGAGCUACGGUUAUCCAAGUAUAUGUCGGCAGAAAAGAUCAAUCGGCUGAGCAUCCUGUCAAAACAUUGGCAGCUUUUAAGAAGGUUUACUUGGAACCUCGCACGCAAGCGAUUGUGCAGCUUGAGUGUGCGAACAAGGAUUUCGCUUACUUCGAUGAGGCGAAGGGGAAGUGGACUGUUGAUCAAGGACAGUAUGAAUUCUCAUUUGGUCAGAGUGCGGGGCAUAUCGAGCAGGUCGUCGUUGUUGACGUGGAGGGAUCGAGGGGGCUGAAGUUGUAG